CGCAGCCGAACUGACAACCGGAGCCGCAGGAGCUCGGCGAUCGUCCGGUGGCGUGCAGCUCUGGGCCGCCCUGCUCCGCGACGCUGCGCUUGCACUGAAGCGGACCGGACCCCGGCACCCUUCAGAUGCGCCCGCACCUCUCUGCCGCUGCUCCUCUGGAGGCUCGGCGCAAGUGUUGCUUCCGACUGGGCAGCGCUCUUCCCCGGCGGGCUCACCGCGAGGACCCUCCGCAGGCAGUCCUGGAGCCAUCUUUGUACCAGCUGCCAGUGACUUUCAGAGAUGUGGCCGUGCACUUCAGCAGGGAGGAGUGGGAGUGUCUCAGCCCCAAACAGAGGACCCUCUACCGGGACGUGAUGCUGGAAAACUUCAGGAACUUCAUCGAACUGGGAUACCGCGGCCCUAGACCAGACCUUAUUUCUCACCUGGAACAGUGGGAUGAACCAUGGGUUGAAGAUUGGGACAGACUUGAGUUUCUAGAAGCACGAAAAGGUGUCUGCCCAGGAGGCAGAAAGCCCGUGGAUCCUAAGAGACCCCGUGACCUGGCUUCGGCUCAUGAGAGGGCCCAUCCACAGACAGGAGCCAAGAGAGGGCCUGCCUUGAAGAGUGUCCUGACAUCGGGUAAGGUGAACCUUCCCAGAGCCACCCCUGGGAAGAAAGUGCACAGACAGGAUGCUUUCCAAAACCAGGUGUGUGGAAAAUCCUGCAAGAAGCAACCAGGCCUCACAGAGCAGUGCAAGAACGGUGCAGGGGGACAGCCCUUCAUCUGUAGUACGUGUGGGAAGGCACUGAGCUGCUACAGCCGGCUGGCUGCUCACCAGACAGUACACACCGGAACCAGGUCCUUUAAGUGCUUUGAGUGUGGCCGGACGUUCCGCUGGGUUUCAAACCUUCUGCGCCACCAGAGAAAUCACACAAGUGAAAAGCCCUUUGGCUGUGAGGUGUGUGGACAGGCCUUCAACUGGAAGGACCGCCUAACACAGCAUCGCAAGAUCCACACUGAACACAGUCCAUAUGUGUGCAGUGACUGCGGGAAGGCCUUCAAACAGAAGUCAAACCUCCUCCGGCACAAACGCGUUCACACUGGAGAGAGGCCUUUCUACUGCCACAGCUGUGGGAAGGCCUUUCGUACCAAAGAGAACCUCAGCCACCACCAGCGGAUUCACAGCGGGGAGAAGCCCUACACCUGUGACGAGUGUGGGAAGGCCUUCCGGUGGCCCAAGAGCUUCAGUAUCCACCAGAGGGUCCACCUGGCAAAGAGAUUCUACGAGUGUGAGCACUGUGGGAAGGGCUUCCGCCACCUGGGCUUUUUCACGCGGCAUCAGAGAACUCACAGGCGUGGAAAAGUAUAAAGGCGCCUGGAGGCAGCUGGGCCUUCCCUGAAGAACUGUGGCUGGGGUUCUCAAGCCUAGCAUCCAUGUGGUCCUUGAGUGAACCGUUUGUAGCUCCCUGAGUCUGAGGAAGUUUUGCCAGGAAACUGACACAGGAAAGGGAAUCUCUGUGGUAUGCAGGCAGAGCCGGUGACAGCUCUGGCCAUGUCAGCUGAGAAAUUUGCUCUUGUCCUGAGUGUUACCUGUGUGCACUUUAACUCCUUUCUCUUUUCGCUCUUUCACCGCGUGUCCUGUUUGUGGAAGGGAGGUUUGAGGCUUGAGCAGAAAUAAAGCUUACUUUUGGAGCUGCCAA